AUGGACGCAAUACUAACUCCCAACUGGGGACUCGUUCUUCUAAUAUCACCCUUCCUCUUUCUCAUUGCCGUCGGCAUCCGUAAUCGCUACUUCCACCCCCUAUCCUGCUUUCCAGGACCAUUUUUAGCCAGCACCGGUCCCCUUUAUUCGAUGUGGGCAAGUAACACUGGCCGCGAACAUGAGAUCAUCGCAAGCCUGCACAAGAAGUACGGACCGAUAGUGCGAUACCAGUCUGAUAUGCUUCAAUUCGCGGAGGCGGGCAUGGUGCCCGUCAUAUAUUCUCGCUACGCAAACAAGACCGAAUUUAACCGCAUAAACCUGCCCGGACAGGUGCCGGGUGUAGCGGGGUUGAUCGAGCAUAAGGAGCAUUCGGCUCGUCGCAAGCAGAUUGCGAGCAUGUAUAGCAUGAGUGCGGCGAAGCAGGUGGAGGAUAUGGUGGAUAUGAGAAUUAUGGAGUUCAAGAGCAGGGUGAGGGAGAAAUAUGUAGGUGUAGGGAAGAAACUGGAUUUCGCGAGGUGGACACAGUAUUUUGCAUAUGAUGUGAUCAGCGAGGUAGCGUUUGGCAAGCCAUUGGGGUUCAUGGCCUCCAACUCGGACGUGCAUAAUCUCAUUGCUUCAGCACACAACGGCCUAGUCGUGCUGGUUACCCUUGCCAGAUCCGAUUGGCUCAAAAAAGCAGUGCGACACCCGUUAGUAAUGAAAUAUUUUACACCAGCCAUGAGCAAAGAGACAGGAAUUGGGCGGUUAUUAGAAGAGCGGGAUACAAUUGUUGCAGAGAGAAUCAAUGAACAAUCAACUGGGGCUCAUAUAGGGAAACGAGCAGAUUUGAUGCAGCACCUCCUAAAUACCCGGGAUACCGCCGCGCCCCUUACACUCAAUGAAAUCAAAGCGGAGCUUCUCGUGGUCAUGUUUGCUGGCUCCGAUACUACCGCCGCUACCCUCCGUGGGAUCCUCCUCAAUCUCCUCCACACACCUAGCUACUAUCAAACGCUCAUCUCUGAGAUCGAUGCCUACACUGCUGCGCGCCCACCCUUCUCGGUGAUCUCCUACGACGAUGCCUACGCCCUCCCUUACCUCACCGCCUGCAUCAAAGAAUCCAUGCGCUUCUCUCCUGCCACACCCUCCAUCUUGCCUCGGUACCCAAAUAAGGGCGGCCUCACGCUUGCCGACGGCCGCUACAUCCCAGAGUUCACAAAGAUGACUGUCAACGCCCGCGUCUGUCAGCGGGACCCCAAGGUGUAUGGCGAAGAUGCAGACGUGUAUAACCCGCAGCGGUGGUUGGAAGGUGGGGACAAGGUGCGAGAAAUGGAGCGCCAUGAUAUCCACUUUGGCGCGGGCUCGAGAACGUGUCUCGGGAAGAAUAUUGCGUAUCUGGAACUGUGGAAAAUGACGUUUGAGUUUUUCCGCACGUUUAAACCGACGAUUGUGGAGCCGGAGAAAAUGACGAUUAGGAAUAUCGGGUUGUUGGUACACGAUAAGCUGUAUGUGCAACUUGAGGAAAGGGCAUAG